AUGGCAUUCCGAGGGUUGGUCACGCUCGUAGCCGCGCUCGGCCUGGCAGUCUGCACUGCAGCCCAGAGCCAAGUUCGCAUUAUGGAGCUGGGCGACUCGAUCACAGGCAGUCCCGGCUGCUGGCGUGCCCUGCUCUGGCGCAAGCUGCAGGCCGCGGGCAUCACCAACACCAAGUUCGUCGGGACGCUGCCCGCGCAGGGAUGCGGCUUCACCUACGACGGCGCCAACGAGGGCCACGGCGGCAUCCUGGCCACGGGCAUCGUCUCCAACAACCAGCUGCCCGGCUGGCUGAGCCGGACGAAGCCGGACGUCGUCAUGAUGCACCUCGGCACGAACGACGUGUGGAACAACCGCUCGCCCGAGAACAUCACGGCCGCGUUCGGCACGAUGGUCGACCAGAUGAGGAGCAGCAAGCCGACGAUGAAGAUCCUGGUCGCCCAGAUCAUACCGAUGAACCCGCCGAACUGCCCACAGUGCGGAGACCGAGUCGUAGCGCUCAACAAAGCGAUUCCGAUGUGGGCGGCGUCGAAGAAUUCGACGGCGAGCCCGAUCACAGUGGUGGACUGCUGGACGGGCUUCAACGACGCCACGGACACGGGCGACGGAGUGCAUCCCAAUAACCAGGGCAACGAGAAGCUCGCCAAUAGCUGGUAUGAGCCGCUUGUGGCGACGAUCAAGAGCUUCUCAUGA